AAAAUGAAGCUUUUAUUUCCAACUUUGUUGUUCGUUUCCCUGGUAUUGAGCUCAUUAUUUGUCCAACUCUCCUUUGCCCGACCUAUAGAACCCCUUCCCACACCUGCUUCACCUGCUCCACCUGCUUCUCUUCCUAUAGAACCCUUUCCCACGCCUGCUUCACCUCCUCCACCUGCUUCUCUUCCUCCACCAGGUUUCUGUGAUAGCAAGUGUGAGGACAGGUGUUCCAACGCUGGAGAGAAAGACCGGUGCUUGAAGUAUUGUGGGAUAUGCUGCCAAGAAUGUAACUGUGUUCCUUCAGGGACGUAUGGCAACAAGUCCGAAUGCCCUUGCUAUCAAGACAAGUUGAACUCCAAGGGCCAGCCCAAGUGCCCUUAACUAUUCAUCAAAAUAUUGCAUGCACCGUCAUCUGCUACAUUUGCCUGUAUCACUUCAGUUUAUGUCUUCA